AUGUUUGGAAGCAGGAUGAGGCAGUUCUCGUCUCUCGGCUUGGUGUCAGGCCUGCUGCUACUGCUGCAACCGCCUCGAUGUGUUGCCGCGAGCCCCUCUGUCAACGUCGCCUUGCAAGCUUCAUUCGAUGCGGGCCCGUACCUGGUGGAGCUUUUAGAAACUGCUGCGCAGGAGAAUUCCUCCGCUUACUUCCCUCUCCUCGACCGCAUCGCCGAGGGCGUCUUCGACGAUGCCACCACAGAGAAAGAGCUAUACACCACCUUUUUAAAGCUUCUCGCAGACGAUAACCAUAUAAAAGAUGAGGAGAGCUUGGACACCUUCAAAUUCGCCCUCGCCAUUCGUUCCGCGGCCCCUCGCAUCGAGGCACAUUAUCAAUACUAUAACACUUCGGUGCAAUCUACGCUAGUUACCGCAGCGCAGGAUGCUGCUUGCCCGGUUUGGGUGCAUAUGGACGGGAAGCAGUACUGUUCCUCGACUCUGGAACGUGCGCAGCAGGAUGUAUCUGGUGAUAGUGACCCUCGCGAACUACCUUUUGAUCGAACCUUGGGCGAUCCGUUGGCUACCCCUGCCGUCCUCUAUGCGGACAUCGCUUCGCCAAUGUUUGCACAGUACCACGAAACCUUGCGAGGUCUAGCUGAGGAAGGUCAACUUGCGUAUAGGGUACGAUACCGUCCGUCUCAAGAUGAUUCUCCUCGGCCUCUGUUCGUAUCUGGCUAUGGAGUCGAAUUGACACUGAAGAGAACGGAUUACAUUGUGAUUGAUGACCGUCAAGCUGAAGAGAGGGAAGACAAAGCAAAUGCUAAAGCCAAAGCGCCAAGUGCUGCCGACCUCGAUGACGACGAAGAAGAAUCUCCGCCAGAUCUGAAACCGUUGUCUUCGUCCGAAGUAGCCGCACUUGGAAUGAAUGCUGCUAGCUUUGUUCUGGAUAGCGCCGACCCCUUUGCAACGCUUCUCAAGCUAUCUCAGGAUUUCCCGAAAUACUCUUCUGCCGUCGCGUCCUAUAAUGUCACUGAAGCGUUUACAAAUGAAUAUAACAAAAACCGGCAGGCGGGGCUCCCCGGAGCGCGCAAUAUCAUGUGGAUUAAUGGCCAGCAUGUUGACUCGAGACAGAUCGAUGCGUACUCUCUGCUAGAACAUUUGCGGCAGGAAAGACAGAUAGUAGCCGAGUUCAAGAAAGUCGGAUUGUCUUCAUCUGACGCAGUCAAUCUUCUGUCUUAUCCUGCCUUGGCCGAAGCGCAAAUGACCAGCGAGGUCCAGCGUUAUGACUGGCGCGAUGAGAUCGAGGGAGGCGGAAUUGUUAUCUGGCUAAACGACCUUGAGAAGGACAAGAGAUACGCAAACUUUCCCACUUCUCUACAAUCGAUUCUGCAACCAACAUUCCCAGGCCAGCUACCCCCCGUUCGCCGAAAUAUGCAAACCGUCAUUGCUCCCGUCGACCUUACCAAGGUCGAAGACGUCAAUUUUGUUGCGACAUAUCUUCAGACCUUCAUUAAGCGGAUGAUACCGGUUCGAUUUGGUGUGGUGUUGAUAGCUAAUACCGAAGAAUCUAAAGCCCAGGCAAAGAUUGCGCAUCAUCUGCACCAGACAUACGGCCUGACUUCGCUAUUUCAAUACCUCGAGACCACUUUAUCUUCCGAGAAGGUUUCUCAUCCUGACGGAGCAUCUUUUGCAACUGCUGUUGCAGAGCGUGACACACGACCCGGCCAAGAAAGCCUUCCGUUCGAAGAAGUGCUGCAGUCAGAAGCACUAGAUGACAUUGUUUCAAGGACAGCAAAAUACUUGAGGCGAUUGGACCUCGACGGCCCUUCGCCACCAACAUUGGCCAACGGCAUGAUCAUGUCUCGGGGCAGGAAUUUCCUACAGGAGCUGCCCAUGCAGAUUGGAAAAGACCUAAACAUUCUCCAGCAGGCACUCAUCCAAGGCGCAUUGAGUGAGGAUGAUUAUGUGCCUGAUUAUUUCCUCUCGCAAGCCGCACAGAGUCGCAACGAGUGGAUCGUACCUGAACACGGCAGCAGUGGAAUUCGCAUUGCCGACAUUCUCAGCAUCGCUGAAGCACACAACGAUUUUGCGGACGUUCUUCGCCUUCCUUCUGAUCCAAAACACCCAUCGAGCAAUGUCCAGCUAUUUGUCGUAGCAGAUUUCAAUACAGAACAUGGUCUUGCCCUUUUGAUUUCUGCUCUGAAGUUUCGUCAGUUGCACCUAGAGACUGAAGUGAUCCCCCUUCAUAAUCCUGAUACCGACGGGUACGCUGGCGGAGGCAUUUCGUCCAAAUUAUACCAGCUUCUGCGUCAAACCGAACCGGUGAAGCUUGUUGAUGUUCUUCUUUCUCAGAUUGGACUUGCUGCUGAUAAAACGCAGGCAAUGUCUGAAGAAGAGCAGGCCUAUUGGACACAAGCACAGAAGUUGAUUGUAGACCUUGGAUUUUCACGAGGGACGUCUAGCAUUCUCUUUAAUGGACGGGUUGUUGGCCCAUUCCCACCGUCGGCGGCUUUUGGUGAGGCAGAGUUUGAGCAACUAUUUACAUAUGAAUCUUCGCAACGGCUCAGACCCCUUGCCGAGGCCUUGAAAGAUCUCGGUGUUGAUUCCAAAGUAGCAGGCCCUCUGAGCUUUGCCAAGCUUACUUCUCUCGUGGAGUCAUCCAUCAACUCAGAUGCCCCUGAAGGUGGCAUCGAUUCCAGAUCCAAGUAUCGUUUGGACGUGCUGAAGAAAUGGAAUAGCACCCACUCAGCCUUUGAUGCUGCUACCAACACUGACGACGCCUCGAUCAAUAUCGUGGCAGCCGUCGACCCUACCUCGGAGCUGUCGCAGAAAUGGGUCCCUAUUCUCAAAACACUAUCAGAAUUGGCCGGUGUCAAUGUCCGGAUUUUCCUGACCCCCAAUAAGCAGAUGAAAGAACUCCCCAUCAAGCGAUUUUAUCGCCAAGUCCUGGAAGCAAAACCAUCAUUUGAUGAAGACGGAUCUUUGGCUCGCCCAGGCGCCUCGUUUAGGGGUCUCCCGCAAGAUGCGCUUCUGACUCUCGGAAUGGACGUUGCGCCCUCCUGGCUUGUCGCUCCCAAGGAGUCUGUUCACGAUCUAGACAACAUAAAAUUGAGCGCAUUGAAAGAAGGCUCUGAUGUGGACGCAAUUUAUGAGCUUGAGCAUAUCCUGAUAGAAGGUCAUUCGACAGAUACCACGCUCCGAACCCCUCCACGAGGUGCGCAGCUGCUCCUUGAGACUGAAAAGGGUUCCUUCUUUGCCGACACUAUCAUAAUGGCCAAUCUGGGCUAUUUUCAGUUCAAAGCACAGCCCGGGUUCUGGAAAAUCGAGCUGAAGGAGGGUCGCAGUCGCGACAUUUUUCAGCUGGACAGCCUUGGUGGUAGCCUGCAGCCCGGAGACGCGAGUAAUGAAGUUGCGUUAUUGUCCUUCCAGGGCAAGACACUGUAUCCUCGACUGUCGCGCAGACCAGGACAAGAAAAUGAAGAAGUCCUGGAGGAGACUGCGCACGGAGCGGGAUCGGCAAUGGACUAUGUUUCCAAGGGACUCAGUUUUGCGCAAGGCGUGUUGUCCAGUGUCGGGGUAAAGUCAGCAGCAUCAAGUGAGUCUGCGGAGAAGCAUGCAGAAAUCAACAUCUUCUCCGUAGCAAGUGGCCAUCUCUAUGAGCGGAUGCUCAAUAUCAUGAUGCUAUCGGUGAUGAAGAAUACCGAGCAUACGGUCAAAUUCUGGUUUAUAGAGCAAUUCUUAUCCCCGUCUUUCAAGAGUCUGCUCCCGCAUCUAGCAGCAGAAUACGGAUUCUCAUAUGAAAUGGUUACAUACAAAUGGCCACACUGGCUGCGCGGCCAACGCGAGAAACAGCGUGAGAUUUGGGGAUACAAGAUCCUGUUUCUAGACGUCCUUUUCCCGCUAUCUCUGGACAAAGUCAUAUUCGUUGACGCCGACCAGAUCGUGCGCACAGACAUGUACGACCUGGUAAGCCUGGACCUUGAAGGCGCGCCGUACGGCUUCACGCCCAUGUGCGAUUCGCGCACUGAAAUGGAGGGCUUCCGCUUCUGGAAACAAGGGUACUGGAAAUCCUACCUCCGCGACACAUUCAGCUACCACAUCUCGGCGCUAUACGUCGUGGACCUGAAACGAUUCCGCGAACUAGCAGCUGGCGACCGACUUCGCGGCCAAUAUCACACCUUGUCAGCCGACCCUGAGUCGUUGGCUAAUCUCGAUCAGGACCUGCCGAAUGUUAUGCAGACCCUGAUCCCUAUCAAGAGUCUGCCGCAGGACUGGCUCUGGUGCGAAACUUGGUGCUCCGAUGAGGCGCUCGAGACUGCCAAGACGAUUGAUUUGUGUAAUAAUCCAUUGACCAAGGAGCCGAAGUUGGAGAGGGCGAGGAGGCAAGUCCCCGAGUGGACGGUGUAUGAUGAUGAGAUUGCGAGGGUUGCUGCUGCUGCUGCUACUGCUACUUCUGAUAAUGUCGGUGAUGAUAAUGAGAAGGUUGAGUAUAGUGUCGGCAAGGAGGAAAGGAAGGAUGAAUUGUGA